CAUAUCUGCAUAGAAAAAAAAAGCCGAAACAAUGUCAAGUUUUCUAGAAAUCCAGUACAGCCUCUCAAAAAGCAAGUUAUUGAGGAAGGCAUCAAGGAUGCUUUCCUCAAGUAGGCAAACUUCUUUCUCCUUUCCUGUCUACCAGCCAUGUAUGGAUGAGCAGAAAAGAGUAUUUGAUCGGUUUGACUCUAAUGGAGAUGGAAAGAUCUCCCCUGAUGAGUAUAAAGCCUUUUUGCGAUCUCUGGGAAAGAGCAAAUUCCUCACUCGGGAAGUUGAGAAGAUAUUCGAGGUUGCAGAUUCAGACGGCGAUGGCUCUAUAGAUUUCAAUGAGUUUGUGGAAGUGCAGAGGAAGGAAGGUGGGAGCAGAACCACGGAUUUGCAUUCCGCGUUUCAGGUAUUUGACAGGGAUGGUGAUGGAAAGAUUUGUGCAGAAGAAGUUUUUGAACUGCUGCAGAAGCUGGGAGACGGGUGCAGCCUGCAGGAUUGCCAGAAAAUGGUGAAAGCUCGUGAUGUUAAUGGAGACGGCGUGAUUGACAUUGAUGAGUUCAUCAACAUGAUGACUCGGGGCACGCCUCUUUGUUAGAGCCUAGAGGACGACAAGGAAUGCUCAAGCUGCGUUGGUGAUGGUGAGUCUAUGGCAUUGCGUUUUCUUCUCUGUUAAAUUUGGAUUUUGUUCCAUAAUUCUUUACCGCACGCACAAGACAGAUUAAUUAUGUUGAUUUUAGAUGAUUAUUUGUUGGUAUGUAAUGUUGGAUUCAGUUUGAUUUUCUUGAUCAAUAAUGUGUGUUUAUAUGUUGGAAUAAUAUUGCAUUGUAUUGUAUUGGAAGGAGUUUGAGAUGAUGAAACUAAUACAAUCCUUAAAAUGUCACCAUUUUAUUAA